AUAUUUUCGCAACCCAAUCCUCCCCGCCAACACUCACACACACACAUACACACACCUGCCUCACCACUGUCUUCUUCUCUUUCCGUAACUCUAUCUGUAUCACUGUAGAUUUCUUUAUUGAAUGUUAAAUACUCACUCCUCCCAAUCUCUCCUCUCUCCCACUCCAACCAGCUAUCCCUUCCCCUCCUCUCUCUCUCUCUCUCCCUCCCUCUCUCUCCCUUGGUUUCUAUCUCUCUCCCUCGGUUUCUCUCUCACCACCUGUUAGUUCAGACCCCCGUGCAUUGAGAUACACUUGUUUAUGAGGGAAGCUUUCACACUCUCGCAAUCAGAGCUCUAUGACGUUGCGUAAAGGAAAGAAACUCAGCAUCACCAUCCAGGAACACAUGGCCAUUGACGUCUGCCCAGGCCCCAUCCGACCUAUCAGAACAAUCUCCGCCUACUUUCCCCGCCUGUCCCCCACCUCUGAGCCCCUCUCCCCCAAACCCACUGGCUCCCCAUGGGUCCUCAGUCCUGGGGGCGCGGCCAGCGAGAUGGGGGGUGGCGGUAGGGGAGGACUCUUGGCGCCAUUGCAGCCGGGGGCGAUGGGAGGGGGCGGGUCUUUGUCGUUACAGAGCAGCAUGGACACGUCUGUGGAGAUCAACAGUUCUGACAGUGACGACUGCACUGCUUUGGGAACACUGGAGUUUGACCUGCGGUACGAGCGAGCCUCCAGUAAGCUACACUGCACUAUCCUCAGGGCCAAGGGUCUGAAGCCUAUGGAUUUUAAUGGCCUAGCAGACCCCUAUGUCAAACUGCACCUUCUUCCCGGGGCCUGCAAGGCUAACAAGUUGAAGACAAAGAUAGUGCGGAAUACUCUGAAUCCGGUGUGGAAUGAAAUGCUUACCUAUGUUGGGAUCACAGAGGAGGACAUGCAUAGGAAGACACUCAGGUUGUCAGUGUGUGAUGAGGAUAAGUUGACUCAUAAUGAGUUCAUCGGGGAGUCUCGGGUUCCCCUGAAGCGCGUCAAGCCAGACCAGACCAAACACUUCCACACCUGUCUGGAACACCCACCCCCACUUCCCUCUCCAACCACCAUGGGGACAGCCCUCCGAGGAAUCUCCUGCUACUUAAGAGAGCAGUGGGAGAACGAGCAGCUCCACAGUCUGGAGGAGAGGGGGCGGGUGCUCCUCUCCCUGCAGUUCCUUCCCCCGCUAGACGAGGGCGAUGGAGGAGGAGGGGGCCGGAGAGGAGAGGGAUUGUGUGUCGGGGUGCAGCGCUGCGCUCACCUGGCCGCCAUGGACGUCAACGGCUUCUCAGACCCCUACGUCAAAACAUAUCUGAAGCCCGACACACAGAAGAAAUCCAAACACAAAACGGCUGUGAUUAAAAAGACCCUUAACCCUGAAUUCAAUGAGGAGUUCUUUUAUGAGAUCUCCAUGCCAGAGCUGUCCAAUAAGACACUGGAGGUCACUGUCUGGGACUACGACUUGGGGCGCUCCAAUGACUUCAUAGGUGGAGUGUGCCUGAGCUGUCACUCACAGGGAGACCCCCUCCGUCAUUGGAUGGACUGCCUUAAGAACAAGGGUCAGAGGGUGGAGCGCUGGCACGUACUGACCAAUGAGCUCCCAAGAUCCGUAAGUCAUGAGUAAGGCCACACCUCUACUAAAGACACAAGGCUCAGUCACAAUUCUUCACCCUUCUCCCUUUGUUGCACACUUCCAGUCUUUGAUAUGUCAACGGUGGAAACUCCCUCAAGGCAGGUGUGGAGAAUACAGAUUCAAAUCAUCCCUCGAGCCGCCUACCACCUAGGAAUUCCUCGAGAUCUGAGAGGAUUGGAUAGAUCAAAAAUACGGAGGUAAUUCCACCUAGCUUAUCAGAACGCAAGGGGGAAGCCAUGACCGUAUUGAUCUGGAUCCAAUUGAAACCUUUCAGAUCUACUGUAGUGCCUAGGUGGUAGGGGGUAUGGGUUGAUUUGGAACUCAAGUGAACAUGAACCAUAUCUAGGCUCUCUCUAGAGCCCUGUUUAUACCUGGUUCAAACAUGCAAUACCUCUUCAUUGAUAUUUUCCUGAUCUUGUCUGUUUACACUUAGAAGAUCUGAUCACAAUCAGAUAGCAAUGCGUCUUUUAAUCGUCUACACCUGUCUAAAAAUGUGGGCACAAUCCAAAUGUUGACAGGAUUGGGACAAAGGACACAUGUUAGCACCAGGUAUAAAUGGGGAUGACUUGCCACAGGAUGGGAAUGCACUACCUGUAUGUUUCGAUGUCUAUAAGGGUGAUUCAAACCAACACACCAUAACACACCAUGGAGAAAAUGCAUGCUGACUAUAAGUCAUUUACACUAACAAGGCCUGGAUGUUAUUAAGCACAACUCCUUCAUGCUAUGGAAUAAACGAGUGGUGGUGUUGAUGAUCCCUUCAAGUUAGAUGAGAGUUUCUUUGAUUAUUUGAAUCAGCUGAAUAGUGCUCGGGGCAAAAACCAAAAUGUGCACCCCUUGGGGUCCAGAGGACCGAGUUUGGGAAACGCUGGGUUAGAUGGAGAUGUUUGAGAGUGGGAUGGGGAAUGCGGUUCUGGUUGCCUUAUGGCCUCUUGUCACUAAUGUUGACAUACACAACUCAACAUCAUACCUCCAAUUUUAUCAGAUUUCAUCUGCACGUUUUAGUCUACGGGCUCUUUUACUUCUCUUGUUCAGCUGAUUUGAUUGAUUUCCAUAUCUUUCAUGGUUAUUUUUGAAUAACAAAUUGAUGUCUAUGUUGGUAAUAAUAUGCCUAUGCUACACAAAUACCGGCACACAAAUAUCUAACAUCAGAUAUCCUGUUUGUGUUGUUGACAUUUGAACCCAAAUGGAGCCCUAUUCCCUACAUAACCCUAUGGGCCUUGGUCAAAAGUAGUCCUCUACAUAGGGAAUAGGGGGCCAAUUUGGAACAAACACAUUCACUUGCAUCCAAAACAUGACAUACACUGAUAAUGUUAUGACUACAGAAGUUCUUCCAUGUUGUUGCAUGAUGCAAUACAGUAUUGACAAAAACAAGUUGUCCCCUCCCUAAUAUAACUAUCCCCAGCCCCCCCCCCCCAAAAAGUAUUUGAUCAUAAAAGUAUUAUUAUUAUUAUUACUUGGUUUAUUAUUGAGGUGAUUUCCCUGUAUUGCUAUUUUUGUUUUCUGUCAUGUUUCUUAUAUUUGUCUCUUAAUGCACGACUGAAUGUGUGAAUGUGGGUUUUUACUGACGUUUCAAUGGCUGUAUACAAUUAUCUUGUUGUGCUUUUAACAAUUGUUGUUCUUACAUUUAUAUCAGGUGUUUUGUGUACAAUAUGAAAAUACAUUUGGAAUGCACUACUGUAUAAGUCUGA